CCUCCAUGUUUAUCAAACCCUUGUGCUAAUAUGGCAACAUGUUUUGAGAGAAAUUCUUCGAAAGGAUAUGAGUGUAUAUGUCCUGAGAAUCACUUUGGGGAAUUAUGCACAUUCUGCCUCCCUACAGAUGACUGCACUGGUCAUUAUACAUGUGAUGUCAGAAAUGGAUUGAAACUUUGCCUUGAGAACUGGAAUGGUACUGAAUGCAACCAAUGGACUGGAGAACAGUAUGAAUGCUAUGAAAACACACCUACAAAUUAUACUGAUCUAAAAGGGUUAUGGGAUGGUACUAUAGAAUGCAAUGGUGAGCCAGAUCUUAAAUUCACACUCAUUGUGAAUGUUACCUCAAAGGCCAGCAACCCUACAGGUACAUUUGAGUUAAACUACCACAAUGGCACAGACCUAAAAGACUAUACAGUCAGUGGAACAUAUUCCCAAACAGCCAAAGAAUUCACACUUAUCACUACUAGCAACACACCCGAUAACUUGGUAGCGGCAAUGGGAAUAUUUGGAAAGGUGUUGAAUAGUGGUAACAACAUGACUGGAAAUUUUGUUACAUUUGCUGUUGGAACAUGUUCCCUUAAUGGACACAGGAGAAGAGAAUCUGUAAAUGUAUGUAAAAAUAAUGCAACAUGUGUGAAAAAUGGAACUGAGGAUGAGGUCUUCUAUUGCUGUUGUUCUCCAGGUUUUGAAGGGUUAAGAUGUGAGAAAGAGGUAGCUGUCACAACUACUGCCGAUGUUACAACAGUGCCUGAUAUAACUACUGCUGAUG